AUGGCACCUCCUCCAGGCAGACCUCCAGGUCUGCUCACACAAGAGAUAGACCUGCCGCCCCUGCCCUGUGCUCCCCGCUGCACCCUGUCCCCACCUUUAAGGGUAUUCACGUGUGUCUCGUCCCUAAAGAACCAGGAGGCGGCGUUCGGGUCCUUCAAGGUCAUAUCCUCAGCACCCAACAGUGUGCCCCGCAGAACCAUCCCUCAUAGACGUUUGCAGAAUGCCCCCCUUGCUGCGACUGACACGCUGCGUGUUCCCACAGGUCAAGGCGACUUUGAUUUGGCUGAUGCUCUCGACGACCCCGAGCCCACCAAGAAGCCGAGCUCAGACAUCUACCCAAAGCCGAAGCCGCCCUAUCCCCCCCAGCCGGGGCAUCCUGGCAACAGCGGAGACAUCUACCCAAGGCCGAAGCCGCCCUAUCCCCCCCGGCCUGGACAUCCUGGCAACGGCGGAGAUGUCUACCCAAGGCCAAAGCCCCCUGUUCACCCGCAGCCUGGCUCCUAUGACAACAGCGGAGGUUUCCUGAGUGACAGGGACCUCAAUGACGGCCGAUACCCGCCCAGGCCCAGGCCGCCUGCAGGAGGCGGUGGCGGCGGCGGCGGCUACCACCCCAGUCACGGCGGCUACGGAAACCCAUCCGGAGGAGGGCGGUACAGACCUGGCCCACAUGGGAGUAAUUACGGUGGGGGCGACUACUCCACGUACGGGAACCCACAAGGCAACACGAUAGCGAAAAUCGUUUCUCCCAUAGUGUCCGUGGUGGUGGUGACGCUGGUGGGGGCGGCGGCCAGCUAUUUCCAGUAUAACCGGAGGAGGAACUGUUUCCGGACAAAUGAGCCACAGAACGUCUGAGGUCUUCGCAACUCCCUGGAUCACGCUGAGGAAAGCUCCAGACAGACAGGACCCCCGCUUAUCACCCCCCCCGCUCCAACCCCGUGGACAGUCCCUUUCAUUCUUGGCUUAACCUGUGGCCCUGGAGGGGUUUCUCUUCAACGUGCUGCCUGUCAACCAAUUCCUGACUCCUCGGACACGUCGCCUGGAGUAAGGUAGACAGCCGGACCUUGGCUUGUAAAAAGAUUGCUUGAUGCAUUGGCCUCAUCGUGAAUCCUGGACAGAGAGAGUCUGACUCUGGUUGGAACUGCAAAGCUGCCCCCUGGGACAACCACAGGCUAGUGGCCGUGGCCAUUGUCCCCAGGCACAGGGGCGGCAAAAUGGCACCGGGGCUGCGGUGGGAAGGCCAUGGGGUUUGCAGGGAUGGAGAAUGCUGUUGGGUUUCCAGCCAGCUGGGGUGUGACGCUUGGCCGGGGUUAAGUUCUGUCCUUAAGUCAGAAAUCUGGACCUGUUCACGCAACCUGUGCAUGGGGAGUGAAUGGUUUCUGACCCUGACGGCCGGGUUUGAGCCUCAUGGCAGCUCCCACUCGUCUACACUCAAAACUACCGUUACCUGCGGAAGACGAGGUUUGGAAUUUUAAGUGCAAAAUCGCUGAGGGGGAAGCCGUCUUGGGGCAGCGAUCUUGGGGUGCUCUUUUCCUAUGAAAUUGUACAGUUUUGAUAUUUGUGAACACGGGGUAGAAGCCGUGCUGUGCAGAUGUCAGGGCUUUUCCUGUUUUGUGUUUCCGCUUUGACUUUCCGUGGGUACCAGUGCUCGCAGCCACGGCAGUGCUUUUCUUGGUGUUUACUUGUCUUUGUACAGGUGUAGACAGUCUUCCAGCCGCAAACAUCUGAAAGACCUAUGCGCUGUUUGCUCCUAUUUUAGUAACACUUUAGGGCAGAGGAAACAGGAUGGUUUGGGUUAAAAAAAAAAAAAAAAAGGAGUUCCCGUUGCAGCUCAGCAGUUAAUGAACCUGACUAGCAUCCAUGAGGAUGCAGGUUCCAUCCCUGGCCUUGCUUAGUGGGUUAAGGAUCCAGUGUUACUGUGGCUGUGGUGUAGGCCGGCAGCUGCAGCUCUGAUCUGACCCCUAGCCCGGGAACGUCCAUGCACCGCAGGUGCGGCCCUAAAAAGAAAAAAAAAAAAAAAAAGGGUGUGUGUGUGUGUACAUAUGCAGACCAGAUGUACAGACAUAUAGACAUAAAUGAACUUAAGUGUUUUUAAAGGUAAUUAUCCAUUUCCUGCAAUUCUCAUAGACAGGGUUUCAUCAUUUAAAAUGCACAUAGGAGGGAGAAAAAUUGGCCUUGGUGGCUGUGUUCUCUUUUCUAUGUUUUGCACAUCAAACGAUGAGACAGCCGUGAAAGGACUUACACGGCGGGAAGCCGCAGAGCCCCGCCUGCAUCUGCAAAGUCCAUCUCUGGCUCCGAGGGACGGGUAUCCCUGGAGGCAUUCUUGCCCAGACGGUCCCCACCCCGUUCCAGCUGGACCCCGCAGAACCAGAGGGACACCUGUCACCUUCCAAAGGAAGAAAUGUUCCCACUGGGAACAUGUGCAGCAAGAUGGGUUAUUAACGCAUCAGGGACAGGAUUGCGCUUAGAGAAAUGACAGGUGAACGUCAGGGAAGUGCCAAGAGGAAAGACUGCCUAAGGUUCAGCUGCUGUAGAAUAGAAAUAUGUGACUCGCCACCUCUGGGGAAGCCUCUCUUUAAGGCAUCACCACGACCACCUGGAGGUCCGAGGCUGAAAACGGGAGAAAAGGCACAAGGAGCUGCCCUGUGUUCUUGGAAAAAGGACUUGAGAGCAUGGUGUAUAGUGUAAAAAGAAACACUCAUCUCCUCUGACGAGGAGGAGCUACGAUGUGUCUCAUCGUCAGGGGAUGGACAGCUUUGUGUUCAUGUUUACACUUAAAAAACGACACCUUGAACCCUCUGACACUGUAGGGGGGAAUGGAAAUUGCUGCAACCACUGCAGAGAACAGAAUGGAGGCUCCUUACAAAACUAAACAUAGAACUACCGUAGGAUCCAGCAAUCCCACUCCUGGGCAUCUAUCCAGAGAAAACCAUAGUUUGAAAGGAUACAUGCAUCCCUGUGUUCAUUGCAGCCCUAUCCACAAUAGCCAAGACAUGGCAGCCACCUAAAUGUCCAUCGACAGAGGAGUGGAUGAAGAAGAUGUGGUCCAUAGACACAAUGGAAUAUUACUCAGCCAUAAAAAAGAACAAAAGCAUGCCAUUGGCAGCAACACGGAUGGACCUAGAGAUUCUCAUACUAAGUGAAGUAAGUCAGCCAGAGAAAAACAAAUACCAUAUGAUAUCACUUCUAUGUGGAGCCUAAAAUAUGACACAAAUGAACUUAUUUACAAAACAGAAAUGCACUCAGAGGCGUAGAGAACAGAGGUUUGGUACCAAAAGAAAAGCACAUCAAGGAGGAAUAAAUUAGGAAUUUGGGAUUAACAGAUACAUCUAGUAUAUAUAAAAUAGUUAACCAGCGAGGACCUACUGUUUAGCAUAGGGAACUACACUUAAUAUCGUGUAAUAACCUGUAAUGGAAAAGAAUCUGAAAAAAAAUGUAUAACUGAAUCAUUGCUGUACAUCUGAAAGGACCACAACAUUAUAAAUCAACUACGCUUCAGAAAGACCACAAAAAAAGAGCACCCUUUUGUCCAAGUAUAAACCACUGUAGACAAGGCUGAUCCUUACUCUUAUAAAACCAGAUAUCUCUCCCUCCCUCUCUGUUUCUGUCCGUCUCUGUCUCUCUCUCACACACACACUGUAUUAAUAUAUUGUUACAGGUUGCAUUGCGCCUUCCUCUCAAAUGUCUGUGUUGGUUGCACAACUUCUGUGAGCCUCCAUCACGUCAUCUAAGAAAGUGGGUAUCCUAAUAAUACGACCUGCCUCGCCAAAUGGCAGUGGGGGUGCACGAUUCGGUGUGUGAAAAAAGCCCCCCCCCACGUUGUGCCUGGCAGGAGGCAAGGGGUGUAGAUGGGAUGGGGAGAAAAUAAAAACAAGCUUUUUCUCUUCAUGUGAGCAGAGGUCAGGUCGUGGCAACACAUCGGACAUCUCAUAGAAUCUGGUCAAAAGUCGAGACCAGAAAAUCCAAGCUGCCCACGCGGACUGAAAACAGUGAUGUUGGAGAAGGCAGAGGGUCUGCCCCCCAUCCCCCCCUUUUUUUCUUCCGUGUUCGGAGUUAAUAACCCCCAAAUCUUUCCGUUUCCGCACUACCCAGUCCGAGCGCAUCACAGCAUCUGCAUCCUUUGGCGGGAGGCGUGGUCCCGUGACGGCUCUGGCCAAUGGCGUGCCGCCUCGUUUUGGGAGCGGUAGGACCCUCCCGUGGUCCAGAUACUAGCCCCUUCCAGCUCGGGCACCACCGAUGGGUUUCUCCAGCGUGAUCUUGCUUUGGGGGGGUGGUUGCUGCGUCAGGACCCAGCUGUCCUGACGUUCUCCCGUGGUCCUGACCUGUGGGUCCUCGAGUCCUGCUUCCUCUGAGUCAUCCCCGGACCUCGGCAAAUAUCCUUUGCGGACCCCUAGGGGUAGAAGGAUGGUUUCUGAAAUUUUCCAGUUGAAAUUCUCCCCCAGUCGUUUUAUUUGAACAGAUGCAUGCAUCUUCUUAGGAUACCAAGAUGGUUUUUUCUCACCCCACAGCAUUCUCUAAAAUCUUGCGCUUUUCCUCUCGUGGUCAUGGCUAAAAACCAAGAGGUCCUUCUGACAAAUGCUGUGUGACCUGACCUCUGUGUGGAAAUCGAAAACAGCCGAACUCGGAGAAACAGAGAAGGGCUUUGUUUCCAGGGGAUGCCGAGCGGGAGGGGGAACGGGGAGGUAACUGGUCAAAAGCUAUAAACCUCCAGUUAAUACGAUGAAUAAGUCCUGGGGGUCUAACGCUACAGCGUGGGGACUCUGUGGUUAAAGAUACUGCAGCAUCUGUAGAAUCCGAGUGGAAGUUGCUAAGAGAGUCGGUUUUAAACAGUCUCACCAGGAAAAGAACUGCUAAUUGUGUGACAGAGUGGUGGGGUUAGCUAAGGCUAGGAUGCUAUUGCUAUUAUGUAUACAGGUAUCAAAUCAUCGCAGACAGCACCUUACACUGAUACAAUGCUGCACGACAAUCAUAUCUCAAUAAAGCUGGGCAACAGAAAGA